UCAGGACAGACCAAACAAAUUAGCAAGUCUCUGUUUUUUAAGCGUUUCCGAAACAGGUACUUGAGGUUGUAGCAUGUUAGCAGACUUUCAAAGUUUCUUUUUUUGAAAUAGUUUAAAAGAAACCGCCUCCUCCUCCAGGAUGAUGAUGAGUCAGUAGGCCCCAGAAAGACUGCUUCUCAGUGAGUUUGAGCACAUUUUGGAACUUGAGCAAAACUCUCUGUGGAAAAGAAUGAUUCAUCUGCUUCAAAUGCAUUUAUCCUAAAUCUUGAGUCUUUAUGUUAAGAGACAGAGAUACUGCCUUAGUGAACCCAUUGUCUCUUUUAGAGAUCAGGGGUAUUGCAGCAUUGUAUGUUAAUAAUUUACAGACACCCACACUCUUUUGAACUGACACGGGUGCUCUGAGGAUUAACAGACAUUUUGACCAGGUUUAUCGUCAAAUAUUAGCUCUCAGCAACUGCAAGUAUGCUGUGUGAAGUGUGGUCAUAUUUCCUGUAUUUAUAUAGUUUGUUGUAUCAAGCCAUUGUUCCUUGCGCAUUUGUUGAGCAGUUGCCUGUCAACAUUGUUGAACAUCAGCAGUACCUGGGUAAGUGGUACUUUAAAGCAGCAGUCGGUCGCAAAGAGGCUGACAUCCAGAACUUCAGAGCACUGGACAACAUUUGGUUCACCAUGGAGAAGACAGCCAAUGACACCCUGCUGCUGACUGGAAAUAUGCGCAUAGGAGACCACUGCACAAAAAAGACCUGGAUCUAUCAUAUACGUCCUGAGAGGGAGGAUUUGGAAUUGGAGGGAAGGACAUAUCGGAAGAACCUCCUCUGGAGCGGCAAGUGGGCCAAUUGCUCCGAGUGCAUCAUUUUCCAAGAAGUAGAACCACCUCUGAACCAGACAGACACAGAGGACUCCCUAAACAGAUUCAUGAUAUAUGCUCGCCAGACGGAUGUCGACUCUGCGGUGGUGACAACAUUUUUUAAAAACACAGCCUGUCAUGGCAUGUUGGCAAGUGUCAGACUACCCCAAGAGAAAGAGUUUUGCGCCUAAAUAUUAACAUUGGAGGAUGUUGCCGGGGGCCAUGGACGUCCUGGAUAACCAUACAAUUAUUUCAUGGUUUUCCUCUGUAACAGUGAAAAUAAAAUAUUUUUUUCUUGAAA